AUGUCUGACUCGGACGAAAACCGAACCGUGUCGAUUUUCAUCGAUCGGAUCUACAUUCCGGAGUUUUCUCGCCUUCUUUAUCCUAUCUAUGAUAACGUGAAAGUAUAUGUUGACUGGUUUUUCUUGGACUAUCCACUGGAGGAAUCAAGAACCCCAACGGCGAUUCCGCUGCCACGGAUUCCAGAUUCUCCUGGACUAUUCGUGCAUAAAAAAGAAUUUCACCUAUCACGACGAAGGGUUGCGUUGUUGGAUCAAUGGCUCGAGCUCGGUAAUCGUCUGGACUUCACGCUAAUCACAGAAGGAGAAGACAGCGAGGAACUAGCUGUAGCACAACUAGAACUUAGCCGAACCGCCACUGACGAGACGACGACAAUCCAGUGUACGUCAGAUGCUUGUGGCUUAUCGAUGCGGAAGGAGAAUAACACCUUCGUUUUCGAGUUCUUUUGGACAUACACGCGCGAGGCAUUCCACGCCGAUUAG